CCGACUCGGUCCAAAAAGCGUAGCACAAAAGAGCGCAGAGACGCUCAGAAACCAGGCCUGCACGCGCUCCGUCCUGACCAAAUAUGGGCUUCCUGCCCGCCAUAUUUGGGAACAUACGUCAUGCAGGAGUCUAUAAAUAUGGGAAUCCUCACUGAAAACUUGGCAGAACUGAAGUCCAAGUUGUGAUCGUCUGCACGUGAAUGCAGCGGCGACGCAGCCGGAAACAAACAUCUGACGUUGUUUACCCACAAACACCCGCAGCCACGCGGAGCUCUCCUCCUGGGUUGGCUUCCUCCGAGAAACACCGGCCCCAGCAGCAGACUCAGCCCGGCCUCAGCGUCUGUCCGCGGGGCGAAGAUCCAGCCCGUCCCACUGCACGAGCAGCUCCAGGGGCGGCUGAGCUCGCGUGCGUCCUCCUCUUCCUCCACAGAGAUGGCAGCGACCAAAGCGGAGGUGCUUCUGUCCGCCCUGCAGAUCUCGGAGCCGCUGUCCCCGUUUGACGGCUACCCGAAGCUGGAGGAGCUGCAGAUGCUGCUGCAGAACGCCGCGGCCGGAGGUUCGAUGCUGGCCGCGUCCGCAGCGGAGGCGGCCGGACUGCUGAGCGGGGAGUCCGCGGAGUACGGAGAUUGUUUGUCGGACAUCCCAGACCUGCAGAACCUCCCCCCUCUCACUCCUCGUCUCUCACCUCUGGCAUACAGCGGCCGCUUCACCUUUGAGCCGUCCAUCUCCGGUGCCGCCAACAGCCUGUGGGCAGAGCCUCUGCUCAGCCUGUUCACCGGGCUUGUCAACAUGACGGCGCCCCCCUCCUGCAGCUUCUCCAUGUCUUCAUCAUCAGGGACAUCAUCAGCACCAUCCCAGCUAAACCUCAGCAGCAGCUCCGCCGACAUCGCCUCCAUCUUCUCCACGGUUCCACCGUACAUGUCGGCCACCGACCCCCUCUUUCCCGCCUCUUCCCCCCAUCCAGCCUCUCAGUCCUUCCAAGCGGGCACCCACCCUGCCCACCCCACGUCUAGCUCCCAGCUGGGCCUCCAGCUGCCCUCCAUGGUGGUGGUGAUGCCGCCGGAUGGCAAGCUCAGCUCGAACCAGGACCAGAAGACGCCACUGCUUACCCCGCUCUCCACCAUCAAAGCUUUCUCAACGCAGAUCCAGUCUCAGAUCUCCGCUCCCCAGCUCGCCAAGUCCAGCAAGCCCAGGAAGUCCUCCACAUGCCGCCAGAGCAAGACGCUGCCACACGAGCGACCCUACGCCUGCCCCGCCGCCGGCUGCGAGCGCCGCUUCUCCCGUUCUGAUGAGCUGACACGCCACGUGCGCGUGCACACGGGCCACAAGCCAUUCCAGUGUCGCAUCUGCAUGCGUAGCUUCAGCCGCAGCGACCACCUGACCACCCACAUCCGUACGCACACCGGCGAGAAGCCGUUCGCCUGUGCCGAGUGCGGACGCAAGUUCGCCCGCAGCGAUGAGCGCAAGCGACAUGCCAAGAUCCACCAGAGGCAGCGGGACAGCAAGGCCGAGCGGAGCUCCUCCUCCUCGCUGCCACACGCCUCCUUGCCAUCCCUCCACCUCUACUCCUCCUGCUCCUCUCCGAUGGGGAGCCUUCAGAUGGAGCUGCCCUCCUCCCACAGCGCCAAUAUCCCUGUUGGAAGCCUGCCAUGACCUCUGACCCCGAGUCCGGUAUGGAUCACCGGGGCCGCCAGCAGAGCUGGGACCACCGGCUCCACUAGGACCACCGGGACAGCUGGAACUACCGAGACCACCAGGACCAGCUGUUCUGAAAGACUCUUGUAUAAUGUAUACAUGUCCAUACUGUACAUAAUGAAUGUGCACAUACGUGAGCAUGCACGUGGUAAUAUACCUGCUGAGUAGGUUCUGGAAUGUUUGUUUGUUUACAAGCGUCACUAAUUUUCUACUGCAAAUGUUUCCUUUUCACAAAUACAACAUGUUGAGUCA